GUCAAACCAGCCGGAAAUACGCGGUCACAUGAUACAACGUCACACGGAAUCCCUCGAUUGCAUGAGCGACCGAAACCUGUGGCAGGUAGUGGUACAAUGUGCCGUCGGAUCCACGCUGUCCGUUUUUAAAGAUUUGAGAGGUAUGAGAGAUUGAGGUACUACCCACACCUGAACGAUGGCGGGCUCGUUCGAUUUAAUAUUUCAGGAAUCAAGCUGUGAACUUUCUGACGAUGAGUUCCACGUUACCGAGGAACAUCAGGCCACAGGUGAUGAAGAUCGCACAGACCCUGCAGAAAUGGAAACAGUUGAAAUCACUGAACAGACUGUUAAUCCAUCACAGGAAAAGAUAAAGCCAAAAGACUUUGAGCUCUUAAAAAUGCUUGGGCGAGGUGGUUACGGCAAAGUCAUACAAGUACGAAAAUUAACAGGCCAGGAUAGUGGCAAAAUUUUUGCAAUGAAAGUUCUUAAAAAGGCGACUAUUGCUAGAAGCGCCAAGGAUGCUGCACAUACUAGAGCUGAGAGAAACAUUCUUGAGGCAGUCAAGCACCCUUUCAUUGUGGAGCUGAAGUAUGCAUUCCAGACAGAUGGCAAACUGUACUUGAUCCUGGAAUACUUGCCUGGAGGGGAGCUGUUCACACGACUAGAAACUGAGGGAAUGCUGAUGGAGGACGAUGCCUGUUUUUACAUAGCUGAGAUUGUUCUUGCCAUAGAACAUCUUCAUGCCCAAGGAAUCAUCUACAGAGAUCUCAAACCAGAAAAUGUUCUUCUGGAUAAAGCAGGUCACAUAAAACUGACAGACUUUGGUCUGUGCAAAGAGGCCAUAGGAGAAGGUUCCUUAACUCAUACUUUCUGUGGCACUAUUGAAUACAUGGCUCCAGAAAUUUUGACACGAUGUGGACAUGGAAAAGCAGUUGACUGGUGGAGUCUUGGUGCCCUCAUGUAUGAUAUGCAGACAGGAUCUCCUCCAUUUACUGCAGAAAACAGAAAGAAAACCAUAGAAAAAAUUUUAAAAGGAAGGCUAAUUUUACCUCAGUACUUGUCUGCUGAAGCCAAAAGUUUAAUCAGACAGUUGUUGAAAAAGAAUCCAUGUGAACGGCUUGGAGGCAGUCACACAGACAGUGAGUCCAUUAAGGCACAUCCUUUUUUCCGGCACAUGAAAUGGGAUGAUCUGGAGAUGAGGCUACUAGAGCCACCUUACAGACCAAAUGUGACUAGUGAAGAGGACACUAGUCAGUUUGAUGUCAAGUUCACCAGGCAGACGCCAGUUGAUUCUCCUGUUGAUACAUUCCUGAGUACUAGCUUGAACAAUGUCUUUCAGGGUUUUACCUAUGUUGCUCCUUCUAUCUUUGGCGAUAUGAAGGCUCAUAACUGGCUAGAACCCCACUCUCCACGCAAACAACGGAUGCACUUCCAGUCAGGCAGCCAUGUGAUGGAAGGUCUGUCCUCUGAAUUUCCUACAUCAUCUGGCAUACACCUUAAUGGUCAUACCAGUGAAAUUGAAGAGAUGGAUGUCAACACCUUAGGGUACCUGCCAGACAUCCUACACUCUCCUUCAGCCCCCAACCCUUCUGCUCCUGUUUGUUGUAACGGCAUUGUGAACCUGACUCAGUGCAAUCUGCCAGAACUGACAUCUGCAGACUUGAAGACUCCUGGUUUGAACUCAGCUCCCCUGGAGAUCAAAACCGAUGUUGGAGAUAUGUUUGCACAGAGCCUCAAGACAUCCAGCCCUAUAGACAUUCCACAGCGGAAGCAGAAAGCCCCAGCAGGCCCAAAAAUGUACAUGAGAGAGUCUUUUGAAGAGAUAUGCUUGAGCCCCAAGCCAUCUGGUGCCAUAGCAAUACCACCACAGAGAGCUACUCCAUGCUGCUGACAAAGUGAGAAAUCAAGAUCUGUCACAUGCAGAACAUCUAGUCAGCAACUUGGGCAUCCACCCUUAAGUAUUCUCAAUUAUUAAUUUAUUUGUACUUAUUUAUUUAUGUUUCAUUGCUGUUGGUUUGUUAUCAUGUGAUACUUCAUAACUUGUGUUUUCUUUCCUUUUGACCACAUCUUAAAUUAACAGAAAUCCUGAUUGAAGUCCUAUGUAUAGAUGGAGCAUUUUCUCUGAUACACGUGUUUGAUCCAUCCUGGCAAAGGGAGGGAAAUAUCUUUCAAGGUUACAUUGCUGCCUAAAUGAAAUUUGCUGACUUGUGUCUUGUCUGAUUCCCUUCUUUUUCAUCAGCAUUAUCAUCAUCAUUAUUGCAUAUUACAGUUCUGUUAACAGACCAACUGUUUUCAAAAUACUGACCAGUAAUUCAUUUUCUCAGGAAGGGAACUUUGGUGAAUCUGGUCGAUUGUUUGCUGUUGUGAGUGCAUUAAGUUGAACAGAUAAAAGGCAGGAGACUAAUUAUUUUAAAUAUAUAUUUAUUUAUAUAUAUAAAUAUACACAUGUAUAUUUAUUUGAUCAGUUUUUAACAACAACACCUCACUCUGAGUUUGCCUUGCUGUUUAUGCAUUUACAGCAGUGGUUUUUAACAAGUUUCUUUAAUGUAGUUUUGAUCUGUAGUAUAGCUCUUAUCUCCAUUUGUAGUGCCAUCUUUUUUUUUUUUUCUUUUUUCACUUUCUUGGUUACUAUGGAAGCAAAUAUAUAUGUGCUUUAAUUCUGAUAGAAAUCCGAUGAAUUCCUACUGUUGUGCCUUUUCUUAUUCGAUCUGAUCCCUUGCCCUUUCUCGCUCGGCACACACUUUCUGUUGCUGUCUAGAAAUGGCCAGUACUUUAAAUACAUAUGCAAAUGUUUUAGUAUGGAGUUUAUUCCUACUUAUAUAGGCUGGUGUGGAUGUCUGUGAUGGGGCUUUGAGUUGGUGAAAUGAAUGUUUCCUUUGUCUAGACCAUAUUAUACCUGGAGUCACAAACUUAAGUUGCUGCUUAUAUAACCAAGUUGCAUAGGAAGGAGUCCAGACUUGAUCUUCCUCAUGUAUUGAUAUGUUGCUUCUUUAUAUAAUGCAAUGUUGGAGUUCUGUGAACUGCUUCAUGCUCUUAGGAUGACUAGGGCUUUUCUUUUGAUGAGUUGUGUAUGCUUUUUUGGUGUAAAGAAUUUGAUAUGGUGUAUGACAGAAUGAUGACUAAAAUGCAAUGCAUCAAGUGGUUGUCAUCCUUGAGUAAUAACCUGCAUGCUUGUGAGAGUGGCGUGAAGUGUGGCAUAGCAAUUAUAAUGCAGGCAUGGAUAUGGCUACUCCCUUUCCCUGCAGAAACUUGUCCUCCAGAUGAAUGAGCAUGGAAAGUUAUAACUCUGUUUGUUUUCCUUGUACAUAAUAUUCUUAGCUUUUAUUUCAUAUAGCCUGUAUUAGUUAGAUGUAUAUGAAUAAUGCUUCAAAUUGUACACUUUUGGGGGACCAGUAAAGAUCUGAUUGUAUUGUACAUAAAUGUUGUGCAUUGCAAAUUAUUAUAAGUUGCCAAAUUACUGCCUUCCACAAAAAGGAGAAAAGGACUUCAGGAGAGGAAAAUUUUGCAUUGCAUGCAUCAAUUAAAAAUAAGUAGUUCCUGUGCUAAGAAGACUUUGUGAUUUCCCACAAAAUGUUUGCAUAUCAGACAUGAAUUUUGACCUUUUGAAGCCUUUAAAUCCCUCUGUCAGCAGAUAUUUGCAAUACUGUACAUUAUUGUGUAUUGCAUAAUGUGUGAAAUAGUUUCAGCCAUGUGUUGAAAGAGGCAAUAUUGAAACAUCAAUAUUACUGCUGCUUUUCCAGAUGUCAAGUUUCAAGGGCUCAUUUUUGAAUUGUGUAAUCAGUUUUGAAGUCUAUUUUAUCUUAAAGCAUCAUAGUCCAUGUUUAGUCAAAUAUAUUAACGAUGCGUUGUCUCAGAUUGCCUGUCGAGUGUCUUCAAGUUUUAAAGAGAGUAAGGAUUUUGUUUGACAUGCUGUUUGUGAAGACAUACAUUAAAUUUCAAAAUAGAAGAAUA